CGUGAUAAGAAAUUCAGAGAAAAACAGCAAAUGAAGCAAUUUUUCUCGUUGAAGAAUCGGAAUAGUUCGACUGUAAAUUACGUUUAAAUGAAAAUGUGUAUCGUCGAAAGUCGCAAGAUAACGUAACGAUGCCUACAACGAUUUCAAACCGUACUAAAUCGUCGUAUUUGAAAUGUAAUCGUAUGUAUAGAAGAGCAUAUUUUGGAACUUGAUAUUAGCGAUUGAAUCGAUCUUUAGCUAUACCACCGUUCAAUCUAAUCGUCACACCAUGUUACCUACGUCCAGUAUGCUGAAGGCAGCUAAGAAUGCAGCUAACAACAACGAAGCUCACGUAAGCGUCCCUUUCGUUACGUCGAAUAACGGGAAUCGACCUCAAUCCAAAGUCUACCGCUCGCAGCACAACUCGGUGAAAAAUCAGGCCACUAUUCGUACAAGUACUCCGACUCGUAAUCGAUCGAAAAGCUCUUCCGUUAGUGAUAAAAAUACAAUCAGAUUGAUCGAUUUCGAAGACCUGACGUCAACUCGAGCUAGUUCCGAAACACUGUCUACGUGUACGAUCAACUCGAAUUACUCUCAACCGAAUUUCAAGACUUCCUGGAGACGCAGCUUAUCGAACUCGAAUCAUUUCGACGACCUGCCUGCACCUUCAACUAGUAUAAAUUCUUUGGUGAUAACGAACAGUCGUCUGAUACAGGACUCAAGUCAAAAUCAUUGUUUAUCCGGCGGUAUUCCUUCGACCAGCACCAACUCCUUGGUUAUCACUAAUAGUCGCCUAGCAUCGGAGAUAAAUUAUAAUCGAAGUCUAUCCAGUAUUACCUUCAACGACGAAAUUCGAGUAGCUUUACCAGCGAACGUAGCUCUGCAAGAUGUACGGGAAUGUCCUUCUUACCACGUCGCUCAUUUAUUACGGAUCACUAGAGAGAAAAAUAUUCAACUGAAGAAGAAACGAAAACGAACCAAAAAGCUCAAAGAUGAGCCAGUUCCUGCCCAACGUUCGGUUAAAACAACCAACCAAAACGUUCAUCAACUACCCACCAACGAUGCAGUUCCCAAUACCUCGAAGAGUACGUCUACAAACCAACAACCUACCGAUUCUUCCACUCCAGCUUCUUCCUCGAGUACUACAACACCAUUCAAGAAAUUUUCACCCGAUGAUUUAUUAAAACUUCGUGAUCCGAGUAAAGUUGAGGAAGCAGACUUGAAAGAACGUUUGAAAGAUCUCAGACUAUACGUAGAUCGAAUACAACCACCUUCCUUCAGAUCUUUCCAGCCUCAGAAGAAACCUACGCUUGAAAAUAUCUCAAUUGCUCCCGAUACGAAGAUUAAAGAAUAUUUACAAUCUUCCUGGAAUGAUUUAGACGAUGACGUAGAAGAAAGAACCAGUCGAGAAAUAUACGAAAAAUUGAGAAAAUUGGCGGAUAAUUUCGAAGAAGAAAGACCAGAUCUGAAAUCUAACGAAAUCACUCCCGAAAAGAAAUCGAAAAAGAAGAAAAAAUGGAAGAACGAAGCUAACGAAUCGAGGACUAAAUCUCAAAGCGAAUCCGAAUCAAAUUUACCAUUCGAGAAAUUCUACACCGAAGACCAAGCGUUGAAAGGAUUACAAGAAGGCACCCUGUUCAAAGAAGUGAUCAGGAUAAACCAGAGAAAUUACAAAGAAGCUUACAUCUCCAUGGAUGAUGGUCGUGAUAUUUUCAUCGAUGGUGUAUACGAUCGUAAUCGAGCUCUAGAUGGCGAUGAAGUAUUCGUCGCUUUGCAUCCCGAAGAGAAAUGGAAGGUUCACAACGACGAAUCAGUACAAAAAUGCGGAAAAGUCGUCUAUAUAUCGAAAAGGAAUCAUCCAGGAACAGCCGUAGGCCAUUUGAAGAUAACCUUCAAACGAAAUAAAAUAGAUAAAUUCAUCCUCUGUCCCAGAGACAGUAGACUGCCCAGGAUCAAAAUACCCGUCAAUCUGUGUCCGCCUAAUAUGAAAAAAGAUCCAAAACAGUACGAAAAUAUCCUCUACGAAGCUAAAAUAAUCAAAUGGGAUACGGUCAACUUCGCCGAAGGAAUUUUGAUUCAAGAACUAGGACAACAAAACGAUACAGAAACCGAGACCAAAUGUAUUUUGCUGGAGAAUCAUCUAGCUGUCGAACAUAUAGAAAAUUAUCAACAAUAUUUGCCUUCGAUCGAUGAAGCUGUCAGUGAAAAUGAAUUCGAGAAUAGGCUCGAUUUAAGGACGCAAUGUAUAUUUUCCAUAGAUCCAAUCGGAGCUAAAGAUCUGGAUGACGCAUUAUCGUGUACCGAAUUACCCAACGGUAAUUUUGAAGUCGGUGUACAUAUCGCCGACGUAAGUUAUUACUUGACCCCGGAUACACCUUUGGAUAUAAACGUUCGAGAAAAAGCCACCAGCGUUUAUUUAGUCCAAAAAGUAUUCCACAUGUUACCCAAUGAACUUUGCUCGUACUGCUCUUUGACGCCGGGUGCGGAUAAAUUGGCAUUUUCAUUAUUCGUCGAGUUCAACAAAGAUGCUCAAAUAGUCGAUCAUCGAUUUUCGCGAUCUGUGAUACGGUCUUGCAGUCAAUUCACUUAUCAAAAUGCUCAGGAAAUAAUGGAUAAAGAUUUCGACGAACUGGAUCCGGCGAAUUUUCCUCCCAUCGAGAACGGAUUCACUUUGAACGACUGCGCCGAAACGAUCACGAGUUUACAAUUUUUGGCCAGAAAACUGCGAAAAAGAAGAUUCGACGAAGGAGCUUUGAAAAUCGAUCAGCCCAAGAUUGUAUUCAGUUUCGAUGAUAAUCAAGUGCCAUCGUCUUAUUCCUUAUUUGUCCCUAAGGAGAGCAAUUGGCUCAUCGAAGAAUUCAUGUUGAUCGCAAAUAUUCUGACCGCGAAUCGUAUUCGAGAAAAGUACCCCGAUUUAGCCUUACUUAGGCUGCAUUCGUCUCCGUUGGAAAAAUCACUUUCGACGGUUAUCGAUAAUUUGGAGAAAAUAGGCAUCUAUAUUGACAUUUCGAAUGCUGGUUCGAUUUAUCAUUCGAUGAUGCGAUACGAAGGUUGUGACGAGAUUGGAAUCGCUCGAAUGGCUGUGAUUGUUAAUUUACUCGUUAAACCGAUGUUGAAAGCUAAAUACGUCUGUUCGAGUAGCGAGACGGAAGAUGAUGCGAAAUAUUGGCAUUACGCUUUGAACGUACCGUUUUACACGCAUUUUACGUCGCCUAUAAGAAGAUACGCCGAUAUCGUAGUCCAUAGAUUAUUGGCUAGCUCUCUAGGAUACUGCGAAUUACCCAAAUGGUCAUCUGUCGACGUUCAAAGCAUCGCUGAUAACUGCAAUAGAAAGAAGAACGAUUCAAAGAGAGCCUCCGAAGCGAGUGCCGAUUUAUAUUUGAGGCUUUAUCUAGAGAAACAUGGUCCUAUGCAGGUUCGAGCUGUGGUCAUCGAAGUCAAAGAACGAUUUUUCGAGGUAGUCGACCUAUCAACCAGGAAAGCUAAUCGAGUUUAUGUAGAUAAAAUAAGACCAGCUCAAGUGAAAUUCGAAAAUAACGAAGGUACGAAUUCAUUACUGGUGACGUGGAAUGGAGACGGCGUGAACCCCACAAUAGAUCAGAUUAUCCAAAUGUUUACCAUUAUCAACAUCCAAAUGGCCUACAACAAACCACUGAACAAACUAACCGUGACGCUUUUAAAACCUUCAUCGUGAUUUUUAACCCCAUCUCUGUACGUAUAUUUCUCCAAUUAUUGACGUGGUAUAAUUUUGUGAAACUCCUUCCCCAACUUCGCUCCUUGUAUACAUUUUUUUUAAAAACGAUUUUUUUAUUUUAUGUUUGAAAGUAAUAUUACGAUAAUGUCGAGUGACAAAUUUGUUAUCUUGUGUAUUUUUUUUUCUUUCGUGACGUAUUAUUUAUUAUUGUGAAUUUGCAAUUUUUUCAUUUUUGAUAAAACAUUUUUGUUAUCGAAUUUUUUCUUUUUAUUUGACCUGCGUUAUACGUGUAAAAUUUUUUAUUGUUAUGCGUGUUGUUAUUUAAUUUUUUUUAUUCCGACGUGAAAGAAGUUUUGUGACGGAGUUGGAGAGAAGAAGAUUGAGUUAUUUUAUUGUUUUUUUACAAGGGUGAAAUAUUUUGAUUAUUUUUAAACAAGUUUUUGACAAAUUUUUUAUGUUCGUUUUUUAACGUUACAGUGUAAAUUAUUGUUUUUCAAAAAUUCGAUUCUUCCGUUUCUCAGAAAAAAAUUGUAAUAAAAAAUUUCGAUAAUACGACUUGGUAGUUUUAUGUUUACCAUAAAUUUAUUUUAAAAACAAAAAAAAUGAAGAAAAUUAAUAAUUGUCACGUAGAAAAAGUGCACUAUCUAGCGGUGAUAUUGCCAUCACACGAAGUGUUUUUAAUAACUAAAACUAUUCCGGAUUCACUAUAAAAACGUUGAAGUUUGAAACGAAGACGAGAAAGCUAAGAUUGAAAAAAAUAUCUGAAAAUAAGAAAUUAUUUCUAUGAUUCUAUGCCAACAUAUUGCAUUUCAAUUUCAUCAUCCCUCACUUGUUGGAAUUAUCACUUUAGUUGGAAUGCUUCAAGUUGGAAUCAGUAGAAAACGAAUCGUUCGAAACCGGUUAUCGAAGUGGAGGGGAGCGAAUCAGCCAUCACUGCCAUCAGGCGAAUAGCGCCUCCGGUGCCGGUGCUGAUGAUGUAUUGUAUUAUUAAUAGUCGUUGCUCGUUGCCUUAUUGCGUCGUAUUUCGGUAUUUUACUAUUCUCAUCGUGAAAGUUUAAAUCCUCCAUCUGGUGUCGGUUGUAUUAUUUUUUACUCGCUCAUCGCUCUUUCGUUCUCGCGUAAUCGUGUAGUGUAAUUUGUUUAAUGUUUGGACUUUUAUAAAGUGUUGGUCACUCAGUAAGGCAAUGCAGAGUUCCAAGUGUGUUUCAAGAAUCAAGAACUGCGGUCUUUCAACGAAAAGGUUUAUUUAUGCAGUCACAGAGGAAUCCAUCGUACUGCAUCAUUUGUGUUUACGAACGUCAUGGUUAGUACAAAUUUCCUUCCGAAAAUGAUGGGAUAUGAACUCGCGUAUGUGAAUAAGCAGGAGGAAGAAUCGUGCAUAUUGUAUGGCUAGCCGGUGAUAAAGCGAUCAACGACGAUGUAUUUUCAUUUUCAGUGAUGAAUGACGAACAGUUAAUGGCAGUACGUCCUGUAAAAUGCAAGAAUUACUUGAUCAAUUUGCUUUUAAACCACCUCGCUCAUUACUUAUUAUGAGAAAAUGAAAAUUACUUGCUAUUCAAGAAAUCCUGCUCUUGUACAUAAGUAAUUAAUAAUUAUUAUGACAAUUACGACGUACUAGAAUAUGCGUACUUUCUACCUCAUACUUACUUUAGGUAUUGUGUUCGUUUUAAAUUUAAGUAUUAAUUAUGUGUAAUUUAUGAGUAAUUCACUCACAGAAAACCAAUGAUUACUGCCUCAAUAGCCUUUAUUUAUCCUUAAAAUUUUAUUUUACCUUACCUGAAAUUCUGGCUUCAACAUCACAAAUGUGUUUCACUGCAUAUUCUUUCUCAGGGUAUCUAACAGGUAGUGCAAGUAGUGAAAGUAGUGAAAAAGUAGUGAAUUUUGUUAAAAAGGUAGUGAAAAAAUGAAAAAUUCAAAUUCGUUCCUUUUUCUCAAUCUUUAUUCUAUAGAAAAGAGCUCAUUUGUCGACUUUUUUAGAGCUUGAAUUACACAUUUUUGAAAGCUUCUGCCCUCGCUUCGCUCGGGCUCGUUUGCUUUUUUUUCAGUUUUAAAUUUUUUCAAAAAAAAAAAAAUUUGAAUUUUAAAAUUUUGAAGCAAAGUAAUAAGCUUCUUAUAAUUCACCAAUUCAUCACUCUAAAAAUCAUCGUUUUUUACAUUAUGUGCCUCUCUCUUGAAAUAAAAAAUUUGGUUUGUUGAAAAAAAAGUUUUUUAUUCGCCCAAUUUCAUUACAUCAGCAAGAACCUUUAACGUGAAAAAAAUCAAAAAUUGAAAUGAUAAAAUUAUAUUUUUGACAUCCGCUUGCUUGAAAAAAAUCUUGGGAUGUUGAAGACAUUGGAAAACUAAAAGUGAAAAAUUUUAAUGUAAAGUUUUGCCUCCCCCCGGCUCCUUUUUUAAAUAAAAUCUCCAGUGUUUAAAAAAUGUCCUGCUAAAGUCCUGAUUUUUUAUUUUGAAAUUUUGUCUGACACCUUGUCUUAUAACGAAUGUAAUAAGCUCGUUUAUUUGUAUUGUUUUUUUUUCAAUAAUUUUGAUUAAAAUUACAAAUUUUCUUCCAGUUUCAAUUUUUAAACAAAAUUUUAGGUGAAAAAUUCGACUUUGUCAAUUUUUUUGUGUGUAUGGGGGAGGGGGGGGGGUCGAGUGGAUGGCAUUCUGAAAAUUUGUUUGAAAAAAGGUAGUGAAAAAAGUAGUGAAAAAGUAGUGAUUUUUUCACAAAAAAAUCCGUUAGAUACCCUGUUUUUGAUCUGCGGUCAAUUCAAAAGAGAAUAAUUGCGAGUCUAAAUAAAUUGCACUGAGCAUGGCAACAUUUUCCAUCAGAGUAUCUCUGCGUUUUAUCAUGUUGGCGACCAAUUCAUUGAUAAAUGCCAAACCUUUACAUGCACCAGAUGAUUUCAGAUUUUUACAAACAUGUAAUUUAUGAUAAAUUAUCAAUUUUAAUUAUUUUCACCUAUAUCGGAGGUUGAAACGUGACACAUGUUCCAUAUUUUAUGGAUAUCAACUGAUAACGUCCGAUUUUUAUAUAGCAACUUCUUAGUUGCGAGGUGAUGGCAUAACAUCUAAUCCUAUGAAUGACACUUUUCUCUUCUGCCUGUGGUGCUCGAAAUUUAGCUGCACUAGCUCGUUUUUUCUUAGUUGAAUAAAUUCUUUCUCGAGGUUGUAUAUGUAUUCCUUACAUAAUCACGACCAUUUGAUUUAUUAUCUUUCUUACAGACAUCCGUGCAGAUUUUAAAAAAAUAUCAAAUUCAAUGCAUAAUUGAACCUUGUUCAAAUAUUUCAUUACCAACUUUUGAUUAUCUUUAGUUUUCGCCAAAUUCAGAACCGAAUUAAAUUUCGUCUUCAAAUCACCUUCACUGACUAAUAGUUAUAUUCUUGAUUUUUGUUGAAAUAACCGAGUUGUUGAUACUUUCGGGUGAUUCCACACUCAAAGAAAUACAUGGUAAUCAUUCAAUAGAAAUUUAGUAACUCUUAACUAUUCCCUUACAGAAUAGGAAAAGUGGGACAUGAGCAAAAUAUAGCAAUGAUUUCAUACAUUUUAUGAACUGUUGAAAUUUUAGAUAAGGAAUGAUUUUUUUUAUGGGAGGGAAUGCAAGUCUUGCUGUCAAUGAAUCAUUACCAAAAUAGUUUGAAUUAUUCUCAAUUAAAAUAGGAGCUAUUUCAUUGCAAUAUCAUAACCAUUUCCACUCAGGGAAGUAAUUAUUCCAAUACUGUAAAGUCACUAUUUAUAUUCAGUUAAGGAAUCAUUCUUUUACUGAUUAUAAAUAGUGACUUUACAGUAUUGGAAUAAUUACUUCACUGAGUGGAAAUUGUUAUGAUAUGCAAUGAAAUAGCUCCUAUUCCAAUUGAGAACAAUUCAAACCAUUUUGGUGAUGAUUUCUCUCCCAAGAUGAAAUAAUUCUCAGUAUGUUUGACAAUGAUUGCUAUCCGAAGGAAAAUCAUUAUUCAACAUAUUGGGAAUGAGUAAUUUAUGAGUUUCAGGCAAUUAAAAACUCUGUCAAAUUUUUUAAUUACCUGAAACUCAUAAAUCACUGAUUGACAGAACUCAAGACAAUAAUUCAAUGAAAUUAAACAUAAUUCAAACAAUGAGUCCUUGUAUUAAAAUUUUUCAAAACGAAAAACGACUUUUAAUCAUAGUAUGUAAGAAUCAUUAAAACACUUAAAAAGUAAGUAAAAAGUUUUUAAAAAAGUACAAAAAACAUCGUAAGUAAUUGUAGCAUUGAAAAAAUUGAAAAAAAACUCAAAACUUUGAAAAAAAGUAAGUAAAAAGUUUUUAAAAAAGUACAAAAAACAUUGUAAUUAUAGUAUUGAAAAAAUUGAAAAAAAACUUAAAACUUUGAAAAAAAGUAAGUAAAAAGUUUUUAAAAAAGUACAAAAAACAUAAUAUGUAACAUUGCAAUUUUUUUAACAUCAGAAAUUAAAACAUUCACCAUUAUAUGCUUCUCUUUCAAUGAAUUGAGUUCGUAGCGCUUGGAGAACAAAAAGUAAUAAUUACUGUAUAAGAGUCAUUAAGUCAUUUGCAGUCUGAAACAAAAAGGAAACAAAUUUCAGUAAUAAAAAAAUAAGUACCUAAAUCAUUUGUUGCAAGGCUUGAUACCAUUUUAACAAUUAUUUUUGUCUAGAAAUUGAUACUUUUCUCAACUUUUUGAUAAGAAGCAAAACUUUUGUGAUUUUUUACCAAAAAAACAAAACUUUUAGUAGAUAAAUAUUCAGCAUUUUGGCAAAUUUUGGCAAAAAAUCAAUAUUUUUCUCGAUUUUAGGUACCUCACAUUGCUAUAAAGUGUUGCUUGGAGCUAAACAUCUCACUUUUUGUCAAAUAUUUAUCAAACAGUUGAGCUUCCUAACAAAAAAUGAAAUAAUUUGACUUCUUGGCUAAAAAAAAAAAAAACUAAAAAUUUCAUAUUUUAGCCCAGAACUGCCUUUCAAUUGAAUUUUCACAUAAAAUUUGACUUCUUGGCUAAAAAAAACUAAAAAUUUCAUAUUUUAGCCCAGAACUGCCUUUCAAUUGCAUUUUCACUUUUUCAACAAAAAUGUCUGAGAAAAAAACGUGUUAAAAUUGGAAAAAAUUCAAAAUUUUAAAAAAAUUUCCCUUUAAUAAUGUAUUGUAACUAAAAUUGGGAAAAAAAUUAUUUUUACCAAAAUUUGCGGAAAUCUAUAGUAUUUUUAAAUGAAAAAGUCUCACUUUUUAUAAAACACGUAUUUUUUCAAAAUUAGUUCUCGUUUUUCACUUUUUUAAACAAUAAUUUCUAAAAAAAAAAAUUCUCAAAAUUUGGAAAAACUCCAACAUUUUACCAAAAUUUGUGGAAAAUUUCACUUUAUCGCCUAAAAUUGAGAAAAAAAGUAUUUUAAAUAGUAAACUAACCUCCACAUGUAUUAUGAAAGAAAACUGCUGUUCAGCUUUCAUUGGUCCAGUUUUUUUGUACAGGAGUAACAGUCCACUAAUUUACCACAGGCAAGUGUUUUAUUUCCAGCUUUGUCUCGAUUAUGCACAUAGUACAUGGAUUCGUAUUCGGUUGGGAAUAAGGCAACGAUUUCUUUACUGAGAUGAACAAACGUCUCUGGAGUGAUUUUGAAUUUUCCAAAUUUAUCAGAGCAAUUUCUCGCUCUUUGGUAAUCGCUAAAUGAACGAUGAUGGAUCGCAUUGGAGGCGUCAGCUGUGAUGCUAAAGUGAAAUCACUGUGAUUUGGAAUGAUAAUGAUUUUAUUUGUAGUUUUGGAAUCAACCCUUUCUAUUUAGUAAUCAUUAAUUUUGUAUAUCCAAAUCAUUUUUAAACUUUUAUUAAAAAAUUCAUUACAGAAUGUUUAGAAAUGAAUACAAAAUCCCAUAGUAAUGAUUUUUUGAAAGAAUAGGAAUCUAGCACUUUGCUUAGUUGUCAUGGAACCAUUACUUUACCUUGGGAACCAUUCCUAAUUUCAAAAUAGAAUUUCUUUCAGUGCAGAAUUGAACAAUGAGCAUUAGCAUAAUUAAUAUCAACACACUUUCCCUUCUAUAAAAUUUACAUAUUUGCUACGAGUAUAAAUUUACCAGUUUCUGGAAUAAAAACCGUGUUAGUAUCCAUUACAACCAACAAGAAACCCACGAACAUGGUUCUCUCAUCGAAUUUAGCCAAUAACAAAGUUGUUACAAAAUGUGACAAACAGCCAAACCGUUUUACGAGUAUAUUGUAUUUUACAGUACGUGGCUUUUUAACAAACAUGGUAUAAGGGCACUUUCCUCUCAGAGUUUUCUUUUGGUGUAAGAUUGUGUAUGUCAACAGCAUACUGAAGAGCCCAUGCCCACAUUUCUUUUGGAAAACCUGAAUCUAUUAUUAAACAUCUGAUUAACCUUUGAAGACUAAAAUUUAACAUUGAGAUAAGCUGAUACUGGUUUUAGAGUAAAUUUUUCCUUUUAACCUAACUCUUUGAUAUCUUCUGUAAGAUACUCUGUAACUGUACCAUUAUCUAAACAAAAUUCGUGAAUAUGUACAUACUUGCUGUUUUACCUUUUAUUGAUCCGAUAUCAUUGAGAAGCUUAGAAACGGCAAUAUGAACGGAUCUUCUAUCCGGUAAUGGGUAAGCUCAAAUAGGUAUAUCGAGUAGCAUCCUCUGUAUACGUUUUAAUGUAUACCUAUUGCCAAAUUGAAAGCUUAAUGGCGAAACUGGACCCAUGUAUACAGAUCUCGCAUUCCUGAAUAUCUGUAUUUUUCUUCUCGAAGUCAAUAUUUUUCAGUUCAGGGAUAUUGUGGAGCUUUUUGUAAGGUUUGGGGUAAAAAGAUGGGAAAAUAACUGUCAUCUUACUGUUUUUCUGUAUCGUCAUCUUUACUUAUUUUAUUGACAUGACGACACCUAGGUAUGAUAAAGGCGAACCUUACUGGCUAUAACACUGCUUUAAAUACAUUUUCAUUACUACCUAAAGCUAAAAUGAAGAACUUGUACAAUAUGUAAAAUGUUAAAUAGAUUUGUAAUGUUGAGUUUGAUAAAUAAUAAUAGCAUUAAAAGUACAUACUUGAUUUUUGCUUGAUUGAGCAUCGAUUUUUGUACUGUUGAUGAGUAUUUUAUACGUAUUCGUAGUAGGUAUAAGUAGUUUAAAUGUGCAGGCGUGUAUUAACGCACAAUGGGAAAUGGAACCCCCCCCCCCCUUGGUUUCUUAAACUCGCCAAAACACCUUAAUCUUCCCCGCAUUUCUUAUAAGUAAUUUAACAAAGGCUUCACCUUGCAUCGACGUAACAUCGCUAAUGUACCGCAAUCUGCUGAUAUACAUACAUAUGUUAUGUACCUAUUAAAGCCACAAAGUAAAAAAGCAAAUUUAUAAUAAUAUGGGAACAAAAUUUUGAAAAUAUUAGGGUUGGCAAAAAAACAGACAUGUUUUAAACAGUGUUUUAAACAGCCCCAAAAAAAUUAUAGUGUUUGAAACAAGAAAAGCAAACGUUGUUUUUUUUUAACUAAAAAAAAAAGGGGGUUUUCUUAAAAUUUUUCAUUCAAUUCUCAGUUCAUUUUCUCACUUUCAGUCUAAAUUCGACUUGAAACGCAUUAGAAUUGAAGUCGGACACAAAUUUAACCAAAAAAAAAAACUGUCAAUAUCCUCAUAAUAAAAUUCAUCUUACCUUAAUUCAUCAUAUUAUUAUGAAUGUUUAUUACGGUACGAUCUACGACGAAAUGAAUACACGAAAACGUACACGCGUCCAAGUGGACUGUAAUUGAAUAAUAACAGAGUAGAAUAUGUAUUCCUAAACAGUGAAUUAUGGCAAUAUUAACAUUUUUUGCACUAAAAAAGCAACAAAUGACACCUUUGAAUGUAAAUUUCAUUCAACAAAGAACAAUUAAAAUAGUUGUGAAAUUUGACUCAAACUUACUCAUGUAAGAAAAUUGAAAAAAAUGAUAAUAAAAUAAAUGCUCAUUUGAGAAUUGAGAACAUUUUUGGCUCAAACUUACAACAUUCAAAAUAAAAAAAAUUGUUUUGAAUUGACUCAAACUUACUCAUAGGAAAUUGAAAAAAAAAAUGAAACAAAUCACAAAUGCUUUUAAAAAAAAUUGAGGUGUUCAAAACAAGGACAGCAAACGUUGUUUUCCUUGACUUGAAAAAAAAACGUGUUUUUUUAAAAAUUUUCAUUCAGUUCAUUUUCUCACUUUCAGUCUAAAUUCGACUUGAAACGCAUUAGAAUUGAAGUCGAACACAAAUUUAACCAAAAAAAAAACUGUCAAUAUCCUCAUAAUUCAUCUUACCUUAAUUCAUCAUAUUAUUGUGAAUUAUGGCAAUAUUAACAUUUUUUAAACUAAAAAAAGCAGUAAAUGACAGCUUUGAAUCAAAAUUUAAUUCAACAAAGAACAAUUAAAAUAGUUUUGAGAUUUGACUCACACUUACUCAUAUAGGAAAAUUGAAAAAAAAAAAAAAAUAAAUGCUCAUUAGAGAAUUGAGAACAUUUUUG